CUUCAAAGAUAUCGUUGUACGUGGCGCUGCCGUCUGCAUUCUGUAGUAAUGGCGUUAAAGUAUUUCGUGUGAGAUUUGUGAGACUUGCAUCGCGGAGAGGACUGCAGUUGAAUUUGUUUUUUGUUUUAACAUAAUUGAUUAUUCUGCAUGAACGGCACGGCGGGGUAGUGAUGACCACGUAUACGUUUACGCAGAAGACGUUUAAGCCCAUACCACCGGAGAAGGGCAGUUUUCCCCUUGAUCAUGAGGGUUUUUGCAAAGUACUCAUGCUCAAAUAUAUGCGCUGUUUGUACGAGAAUAAGAACGAAAAUACGUUGUGCAGAAGCAUAGCAAAGGAAUAUCUUGGUUGCCGUAUGGAUAAUGAAUUGAUGGCACAAGAAGACUGGUCCACUCUCGGAUACGCUGACCAGGUCAAGGAGACAUAACGACAGUGAUUUAUUACUAAUCGAUUCUCUCUUAUCGAAGCUUUUGUCAAUCGACCAGCAUUUAUGAACUUUUACGUCAUGUCAUCUUCAUUUCAUUCGGAGACGUAAAUUUAUGGAUUUUGAAUAAUAUAUCGAAUUCUCAGAUACGCAUA